AUGACCGAGGAACCAAAGUCACUCUCCGAGAUGGUUAAUUCCCUUUUAUGUACAGGAAAUUGUAGAAAAAAAGAUGCAUUUAUGAGAUCUAAAAACUCACCAUUGAUCACCGAUUACAACAAUGCUAUGGGAAAGUACAUCAAUCUUCGAGAGAACCAUAAAAUUCUCUAUGAAAAGAUUGAAGCACUUAAGAAGGACAUAGCUCAACUUCACAGAGAUGUGAAUCAACAGCAAUCAGAUAAAUCUGAUCACGAAAAUGAACCAGUUAAUACAUCCGCAGAUGAGAUGGAGGAAAGUUCACAAAAUUCUGAUUCUGUUAAAAAUACUAACUGCUCUAGUUCGUGUGCAGAGUCGGUAAGAACAGAAGAGAAGUCUAAAGAGGAUGAUGAAUCACAUCAACGUGCUGCUAAUAAUGUUAUUUCUGAUAAAAAUGACCUUUAUGCUUGGAAAUAUGUUUUUUCUUGGUUUGCUGAGACUUGGGAUGUUCCCACUAAAACUGAUGAAUCUGGAGAGUCUGAUGUGUCGACUGAGGAACUUGAUACAUCUGUUUCAAGUGACUCAAAAAUCAAUUCUGAUGAUUCAGGAAACUGUUCUAGUACGCCUGAAACAUCGAAUGAUACGUUAGAAACUCCCUGUAAUGAUGAAAAACUUGAUAUUUUUCAUUGUGAUAAUGAAGAAAUUGUUGAGCAGGGGUCAUCUGACGAUCUUGGCAAUCAAACACAGGAUUCAGGAAUCUCAGAUAAAGAGCACAAAUCUUCCAAAGAUUUCGAUUGUGAUAAACAAUCAGAAUCAGGUAGCAUUGCGUCAAAAGACAGUCAAAUUGUCUUAGACACAGAGUGCUCAUCAUCUGACUUACCGGAAUCAUCUAAUGUCAAGAACUCAGAGGUUGAUAAAGUUGAAGAAGAGACAUCCAUAGAGUCCAAUUCUGCAGAAAUUCAUGGAAACACGAAAACUAUAGAGAAGAAAUCCAUGGAAAUUAAUUCAACAAUUGAAUCAGACGAUGAAACUAUAGAAGAAACUAUUAUGGAAACCUUCUCUACAGAAACUCCAGAGAACAUAGUCUCUGAAGAAAGGGAGUCUGCGGAAGUCACUUCAACAGAUAAUUCAACACUUGAUCCUAAAGGUUCAGAUUCCGAAAAUGGUGAUUUUAACAAAGCAAAAUCAACUGAAUCUGUUCCCUCUAAGAAGAAAUGGUCACGUAGAAACAGAAGGCCACGGAAAAAGAAUGUUCAAAAGGAAAACCCAAAUCUCAGGCAAACAAAACCAAAACUGGAGAGUAAAUUUGCAGAUACUUUCUCUAGUGCUGACAGCUGUGAGCAGGGUUCAUCCAAGAUCAAACAUACACGCAAGCACUGA